AUGGCUUCUCCAGGACUCGUAUUGACUACGGAUGAACUACUGGGAAAGAGACAGACAGACAUGCAGAACCAUGCACAUGCAAGGUACGUAGCUACAGGAUCUUGUCAUUGGGACUGUGGACUGUUUACUAGCGCUGCUAAAAAUCUUUGGGACAUUGCAUGGGUUCCCUGUGCUAGCUGUGUAUCUCUCUAUAUGUUCCCCAUCCCGUCCCGUCCCUUGUAUUAUGAAUGUGUAGCGGUGGUGCUGAGGUUUAUGGAGUGUGGCUGUGUCCUGGUAUUCCGCGACACAACUUGA